GACUGUUGUUGUGCAAGGUGCGCAACAAAACAAAAUUUCCUCGCAACGCUUUUUUCAUUAUUCGUUUGCGUGCACCGUUGUGUAGUUAUUUGUUUGUAAAUAUCGAUUUAAAACUUCUUACUGAACUUCUUACCUUUUGAAAAAAAUGUCGAAAAACAGUGCUGUUAAUGCUAAAAUUGCUCGACCAGUGGGCUCCAAACGAAUAGAAAAACCAACUAAGACAGAAAAUCGUGAUGCAGUUAAGGAAAAAUCGGGUAACAGUACCGUGCCUGCCAGUAGUAAAAAGGCGGCCCCAGUCACUGCUACGAAGAAAGUAUCGAACAGUCAGAACGUCGUGGCAAAACCACAAAUUGUUUCAAAAACAGUGGUAACUAAGCCGAAACCAGCUGCACCAACAGCAUCAAUGAUUAAACCAAAAAUAAUUAGCACAGCGACAAACAAAGUCAGUCGACCACAACCGAUUAGAGCCAUUCAUCAAGUGCAGGCAAAAAAACCAGUAGCAGAGAAGAAUGUGAUGAAUACAAUUCAUAAUGUAACAGUAGCCUCUCCACCGUCCGUUCGAAAAGAACAUACAAUUAUUCAACAAAGCAUGGAGAUACUUCCUAGACCGCCGGAACCAGUGAAAACUCAACCAAGUGUUGACGCACUACCAAGAGAACGAACAAAAACCCGUACCCUUGGACCGGAGGAAGCUAUACUAUUGAAACAGUCAACGAGUGACCAGAAACCAGCUAACUUAUCUGAAGCCAGCACUGGAGUCUACCCUAAAAUCGAACAGAAACCAUUGAAAAUUCACGAUCCAGUUGCAUACGAAAUAACUUUUGAAAAGCCUGUUACAAGUUCCUCGACUGAGAAUAUAAAGCCCUCACCAGAGAUUGCAGAAGAAGCUGAAUACGAAGAUGAUUUUGAUUCAUAUGAAUCAGAUUUCGAAACGGAAUCGUCAUCAGCUUCCCAAACAGCAUCCACAUCUUCGAAAAGUGAAGAUGAAUCUGCAAGUAGCGUACCGUCUCCGUCAGUGAGUUCACCAGUUUCUCCACCAGCAAAGAAAAUCGAUGACGAUCGAGAUUUUGAUUCGGGAACAUAUGAGCUGAAGGGAUCAGCAGAAAAAGUUCAAUUAGAUAGUAUUGACGAGCGGGAGCUCCAUUCCGAGGGUCAGACUGACUCUGGAUUUGGAUACAACAAUGCAACACCGUCGCCAAUAGAUCAAAUAAUUUCCAUGUCUUCAACUGUAUUUUCCAAACCGUUGAUCAAACCCGCAUAUAACAAGCGAGGCAUGGAACUAAUGAAGAAAAUCAGCCUGGACACAAUGACAUUCACUUUGUUCGAAUUGAAACCGUUGUCGUACGAUCUUUACAUGAAAAUUUACGGCCACAAAAAUACGAACCAAAAUUCGUCACAGACUAUGGGCAAUAUGGUCGAUCAAGACGUGCAAACCGAAAACAACGCUAAGCAGUCGAUGUGGACACAGUAUCCUCCAGAUUUUGUGGCAAACAUAACGGCCGAUGAAACUUAUCAUCAAGAUCGGAUUGGCUGUGGCGAAGGUUCCGAGAAUGUUACCUCUACACAAAGUAGUGACGAGUGUCGCCUUGAAAGUUCAUUGAAGAUAAUUAAUCGAACCAAUGUUCUCCGCGAUGUUCGGUCGACAAAACCAAUUGACUACGAGAGAUUGAACUUUUUUCUGCAGAAAAGUGCAAUCACAGUGUCAGCUAUAUGUGAGACAAGUGCUUCAACAAAGGACUUACAUAAGUCUGACUCAGCAUUCAGUGAUGGUUUCUUUCGGAUUUCCAUUGAUAAAGUGGAAAUAUUGAACAAUACCGCUGUCUAUUACAUGUAUUCCAAUCCAACAAUCGAAAACUUGGUUUAUCUGGCUCAUCGGCAAAGGUCUACAACACGGACGCAUGAUGCCUCUUUAGUGUCUGUGUGGAACGUAUUGGAUACGAAGAAACCCAUUCAUGUAUUGACUUGUUGGAGUUUGAUUAUCUGUUUGGAGGUGCAUCAUAAUUUCCAAGACGUUGUGAUUGGAGGCCUGACUGAUGGCUGUGUUGCCGUCUGGAAUUGUAAUGAAUCCAUACCUUGUCUCCAAACCAAUAAUCAAGGGACAUUACCACCAUCACAUAUCGUUUCUCCCAGCCUUGAUACGAAGCCAAUUUCAUUUGAUUUCGGUUGUGUUAUAUCACUCAAAAGUAUGCAUCAAGUCAAUGGAAUCAAUGACGAAGGUUUCAAAUUAACGCAAAUCUGCUCACUACACGAAUUCGGAAUGGUGACCGUUUGGACCAUGCUCCACACCAACUCACACAGCACCAAUUUGGACACAUAUAAUGAACGUAGAAUUGAUCAUCGAUCACCGUGGAGCAAAAUACAACUGGUUCAAAGCAGCAUCAUAGACCUGACAUCCAUGAAUUUGAACAGCCGAAAAGCUCGCCCGAAGUCCGGAUUUGAUAAGAAGAAAAUGUACUUUGAAAGCAAUUUAUUUAACGAUGCUGCGUUGCGUGAGCUGCACGAUAUCGAUGCGCGAAAAGAUUUAUCGGAUCAAUCUGAAAAUUUCCGUUGUGUGGAUAUGGAGUACCAUGAGGAUGGAAUUGUGAUAGCGACAAAUAAAUCGUUUGUGAUUUUUGUUGCAACAUCGCUGAACAGAGAUAGCCUGCGAAAAGUAUUCAUCGACGAAAGUAAUUUACUUCAUGCAACUAAGUUGAAGUCCUUAGACGAUAUAUUACUGGUUGGCUUAACUGAUGGUUCAGUGAAAGUACUGAGAGUGUCGUCUUCAAAUGUAUGUCGUAAAUCGAGUGAUAAAGAGCCGAAAACUGUAACGGGACUACCGUUCGAUCAACAUAAUUUUAAUGCAAAGUCGUGCGCCAUCCAGAACAUCAUCAAAGAGGAAAGGAAAAAAUUUGAUGAUCCGGCUGGUGAUCGUUUGAAGCAAAUUGAAAAUGUGAUCGACGGUGCAGAUAUGGUGCGAGGAAAUAGGUUAAUUAACAAUCAGAUAUUACUACCAGCAAUGUCGUUAAAUCGAGAUUUUGUGAGAUGGAUGGACGUAUCAGUAAGCCUUAACUGUCUGAUGAGCUUAUGUGGAGAACGAUUUCGAAUAAUUAACUUUGAGAGUACGGCUGAAGAUCGAGUAGGUGACGGUUCUAACAACGUUGCCUUUGCUGCAAUGGUCCUGGGAUACAAUCAACGUGAAUAUUUGGUCAAUGUUGAACAAGACAACGUGCGAGUUCAUCUAUUGCGAAAGAAAAUAAUUUGAAUUUCGUUAAGUUUGUAUACACGUGUGAAUACAAAACAUUUUACCAACAAUUAA